AUGGCUCGACCAAAUGAAUCACAAACUCCUGUCAGCUGGGACCAUGACUGGGAUUAUGACAACAGCCUCGAGCUGUCUGACAAGUCUGAGCAGGAGCCCAAGCUCAAGGACUUCGACAUCGAGGGCCAGGGCUGCUGUGGCUCCCAGCACAAUGUCACUACCGUCGACGGAUCAUCAAUAACGGAAAGCAUUGGUCACCAGAUUAAGAUGGAGUCAGAGAAUACAAUCAAAUACCGCACGUGCAGUUGGCAAAAGACUGCUGCUUUGCUUUUCUCUGAGUAUAUCUGUCUGGCUAUUAUGUCCUUUCCCUGGUCAUAUUCCAUUCUGGGCCUGGUUCCCGGUUUGAUCUUGACUGUGGUUAUUGCCGGCAUUGUCCUCUAUACCUCGCUGAUUACCUGGAGAUUCUGUCUGCGACACCCGGAAGUCCGCGACGUUUGCGAUAUCGGCCAGUAUCUGUUCUGGGACUCCAAGAUUGCGUGGUGGGCCACAGCAGUCAUGUUCCUCCUGAACAAUACCUUCAUUCAGAGCUUGCACUGUGUGGUGGGCUCCGAGUACCUGAAUACGAUGUCAAACGGCGCAGUCUGUACGGUCGUCUUCUCGAUGAUCGUCGCCAUCAUUUCCUGGGUUUUUUCACUGCCCCGCACCUUCAGUACACUGUCAAAAGUCGCGACCCUCUCGGCAUUUUUCACAUUCAUUUCCGUCAUCCUGGCUGCUACAUUUGCUGCCGUGGAAGAUCACCCCACAAAAUACUCCGCUGCAACUGGAGACCCAAUCGUCCUCGUUAUCCCGGCCAAGGGCACCACAUUUGUCAAGGGCAUGAAUGCCUUUUUGAACAUCAGCUACACCUUCAUCGGCCAAAUCACCCUCCCCAGUUUCAUCGCCGAAAUGAAAGAGCCCCGCGACUUCUGGAAGUCCGUAACAGUCGUAACAAUCGCUGAGAUCAUCGUCUUCAGCGUUGUCGGUGCAGUCACCUACAACUACGUGGGUAGCCAAUACAUGGUUGCGCCAGCCUUCGGCUCCAUCGGCGAUGACCUUUUCAAGAAGGUCUCCUUCUCGUUCAUGAUCCCGACUAUCAUUUUCUUGGGCGUGUUAUACGCCUCCGUCUCAGCCCGUUUCAUCUUCUUCCGCUUGUUCGAGGGCACCCGCCACAAGGGCAACAACACUGUCGUUGGCUGGGCUGCUUGGGGUGGAAUUCUUGCUGCACUUUGGGUCGCCGCCUUUUUCAUUGCAGAAGUCAUUCCCUUCUUCUCCGAUUUGUUGUCGAUCAUGAGCGCGCUCUUUGAUUCUUUCUUCGGUUUCAUUUUCUGGGGCACGGCAUAUAUCCGCAUGCGCGCUGCGGAUCACGGACCCCGUUUCUUUAUGGUCCGUGGGAUUCGAGGCUGGCUCGGAUUCAUUUUUAAUGUCUUCUUAAUUCUCGUUGGUUUCUUCUUUUUGGGACCUGGGACAUACGCCGCUGUUAUGUCCGUGGUCAAUAGCUAUGCGGAUGGCACUGUCCGUGGUGUUUUCACCUGUGCCAGCAAUGGACUGUAA